CUCCGGAGAUCUCCAAUGUACAAGGAGUCCCUAUAUCCACCAGCUGGCUUCUUUCUUCUUGGAGACGGGGGGUACCCAUGUCUGCAGCAUCCUCUCACCCUCAUGACGCCAUACCGCCAGCCUGUAGCGGGCCAAGUUGAAGCACGCUUCAACAAGCACCAUGCUAAGGCCAGGAACAUCAUUGAGCGUACCUUUGGAAUGCUAAAAACCCGCUGGCGAGCCAUCUUCCUGAGGGCUUUGGAGAUUCGGCCUCUAUUUGCCCCUAAAGUUAUUGCAGCAUGCUGCAUCCUACACAACCUCUGUCUCUCGACAGAUGAUAUCCUGGAGGAGGAGGAGAAACUUCACGAUGAGGAUGAAGAUCAGGGGAACGUUCCUGAUGAUGAGGAUAGGGAGCUCUCAGGAAAUACUCUCCGUGCCAGACUUGCUGCACAGGUGUCUGCCCCUGGAGAGCUGCCUGCAUGUCUGAGGGAGCAUGAUUACGACUGAGGGGAUAAACCUGAGUGAAUGCCCAGGGACAAUAGAUGCAAAUAAGCUGCUAGCUAACUCAGUUGCAAUUAUUUUAAGUGUGCACUGUCCCUGUCAAAUAAAUAGUGAAUAAAUGAAAAUGAAAUGUAAAUGAAAAUGUUACCUUGAAAAUAUGAAUAUAUUUAUUUGUAUCAUUAUAUUAGUUAGACUGUAAAAUUGUUUAGUUGAUGAAUAAUUAAAAAAUACUGUGUAUGUGG